AGCGGCGGCGGCGGCGGACGUCAGAGCCGAGAGGGGCAGGGCAGAGCGGCCAUGGAGGGUCGGCAUCGCUGGCUGCCACUGGAGGCCAAUCCUGAGGUCACCAACCAGUUUCUCCAACAAUUAGGUCUACAUCCUAACUGGCAAUUUGUUGAUGUAUAUGGAGUGGAUCCUGAACUCCUUAGCAUGGUACCAAGACCAGUGUGUGCAGUCUUACUUCUCUUCCCUAUUACAGAAAAGUAUGAAGUAUUCAGAACAGAGGAAGAGGAAAAAAUAAAAUCUCAGGGACAGGAUGUUACAUCAUCAGUAUAUUUCAUGAAGCAGACAAUCAGCAAUGCCUGUGGAACAAUUGGACUGAUUCAUGCUAUUGCAAACAAUAAAGAUAAGAUGCACUUUGAAUCUGGAUCAACCUUGAAAAAAUUCCUGGAGGAGUCAGUGUCAAUGAGCCCUGAAGAACGAGCCAGAUACCUGGAGAACUAUGACGCUAUUCGAGUUACUCAUGAGACCAGUGCCCAUGAAGGUCAGACUGAGGUACCAAAUAUAGAUGAAAAAGUAGAUCUUCAUUUUAUUGCAUUAGUUCAUGUAGAUGGGCAUCUCUAUGAAUUAGAUGGGCGCAAACCAUUUCCAAUUAACCAUGGAGAAACUAGUGAUGAAACUUUAUUAGAGGAUGCCAUAGAAGUUUGCAAGAAGUUUAUGGAACGUGAUCCUGAUGAAUUAAGAUUUAACGCGAUUGCUCUUUCUGCAGCAUAGCUUGUCAAUAAUGGAAACACCAAAUACUGUAUUAUUUGCAUCAAAAUUUAAAUUUCUGCUGCCAUACACAAACUCAAAACUUUUGCUAUUUUCAUUAACUUGGCUGAUUAAACUUUAUGUGAAUUAAACUUUGACUUAACCCGU